CAUCCACCUGUGCCCAACCUGCUUAUUUGUACCGUCGCCACCCGAGGAUAUAUUCAAGUCUUUCCUGUUUAUAGUAAAAGUUAGAUUUUUUUUUUCUAGUGGCAUUGCGCAGUAAAUUCCAGGGUCUACUGCAGUAUUUGCGUAUUUUAUUGAAACAAGAUUUGUCUUUUAUUCCCUGACUGUGUGGACUUCGACCUCUGUGAGACACCUACCUCAAACAAGGAAGUCUAGCCUGUUGAAUGCGUCGCGGAUGAAGUCGCCGAGCAGUUUGUUAAUGGGACUAAAUUGCUAUGUUUAGCUUUUCUGAAAAUAUAAUUCAGCGUUAAAGCUCGUCAUAUAACUUUGGCUUGUGAACGGUGACUUCUAAACGCAAUACAGCUACUUCCGCUCCCUCCGGGACAAGGAGAGCUCUUUGUUGUCAGUAAAGAAGAUGAAUAUUUCUUCGGGAGAAAUGACUUCAUCAACCGAAAAUAAUUCAGUUGUUCACCUGGAUGCACCAAUUCUCCCAGACAAGUCAGACGUCUCCAAUAUGACCAUUAUUAGAACAGGCAACGGAUCAAUCAUAGAGGAUGGGAUGUUUUUAAACACAGUGAUUGCCCAGGUCCUUUCAGGGAUAUUCGUCUGGUCUGCCUUGCUCAUAACAUGUCACCAGAUCUAUACACACCUUCGAUCCUACACCGUCCCAAAUGAGCAGCGCUACAUCAUCCGCAUCCUGUUUAUUGUGCCAGUCUAUGCCUUUGAUUCUUGGCUUAGCCUUCUUUUUAUCAGCAACGACCAGUACUAUGUCUACUUUGAUUCUAUUCGGGACUGCUAUGAAGCGUUUGUCAUUUACAAUUUCCUGAGCCUGUCCUUUGAGUAUCUGGGUGGAGAGAGUGCAAUCAUGUCAGAGAUUCGAGGGAAGCCAAUACAAUCAAGUUGUAUGUAUGGUACCUGCUGCCUCAGUGGAAUGAGCUACUCCAUUGGCUUUUUAAGAUUCUGCAAACAGGCGACUCUCCAGUUCUGUGUUGUCAAACCCAUCAUGGCAGUCAUCACCAUCAUCCUGCAGGCCUUUGGCAAAUAUCAUGAUGGAGAUUUUAAUGUGAAUGGAGGAUACCUGUACAUCACAAUCAUCUACAACUUCUCAGUCAGCCUGGCCCUCUACGCUCUAUUCCUCUUCUACUUUGCAACAAGUGACCUGCUCAGGCCGUAUGAGCCGGUGCUCAAAUUUCUCACAAUUAAAUCUGUUAUCUUCUUAUCCUUCUGGCAAGGAAUGGUCCUCGCUAUCCUGGAACGCUGUGGUGUCAUUCCCAAUGCGCUUUUCAUCGAGGGACACGAGGUCGGAGCCGGCACGGUGGCGGCAGGCUGGCAGAACUUUAUUAUCUGCAUUGAAAUGUUCUUUGCAGCCAUUGCCCUCAAAUACGCCUUCGCCUGCACUGUCUACCAGGAGAAAAAAAAUGAGGUGCCAGAAAACCUCCCUCCAAUGCAGAGCAUCUCCAGCGGUCUGAAGGAAACGAUAAACCCGGGAGACAUGGUGCAGGAUGCCAUACACAACUUCUCUCCAGCCUACCAGCAGUACACCCAGCAAUCCACACAGGAGGUGACCCUGUCCAGCACAAAUGGAAAAGUGGCCACAGGCACCAAGAGCUCCCGCAAGUCUGACAAAAUCAUGCUGAUUACAUCUGAUGAUGAGUUCUAGGCAUUUUUCCAGCAAGAUCCAGGUGUUUGAGCCCUUUCUACCCCUAUCACUGACCCCCUGGAGAAACAACUUGAUCCUAUAGUGCACUGAACCCAGGUGUUUAAUUUUCAGUAUCCGAGUACUGGAGUUCCUGCUUCUAUCCUGUUUUUAAUGCUAACUUAAGGAAGGAGAAGGAUUACAUGUUAAAAUGAAUAGCUUAAUAUCCAUAAAUCUGAUCUGUGUUCAUAUCGGCAGCAAUAAUCACAGGAAAACAACAUGUCACCUUCACUAUCAAAGAAGACUGGAGCUGUGUUUUAUUUAAAUCAAGCUGCUGGAUUUUCAGCCGUAUCCCUGAUGCUGAUUCUGUCAUUAUGUCACUGCUCGCUCUCUGGUCGUCUCAAGUGCGUUCCCUCUGAUUCAUGUCAGUUUCAAAGAGGAGAUGAUUAAUAUGUGACUCCAGGUUGGAAGCAGGGAAGCCAGCGAUGGCUGGGAGUGGCACUUCAUGGACCGUUUCCUGCAUCUGCUUGUUUGAAGUAUUUGCUGAGUGUUCCUCUGCACGGUUUCCUGACAAAUGGAAGGAUUCGUUCAAAGACACAUUAGUUUUGGAGCAGGCACUUCACAAUCCUUUGUGUCUACCGUAAGCAGGGACAAAU